ACCCAUUCUCUCUGCACCCUCUGAGCCAGCUUCUACCCCUCCUGCCGCUCCUGCUGACCCCACUGCUCCCUCAACAAACCAGCACUCGGAGUCUGAUCCGUUUUUGUCACACUCCGCACUGUCACCCUCAGUUACAACAAGCCAUGCAGCAGCAUCAGCAGCAGCAGCAGCUCAUUCCUCUGCUCCCUUUGCUCUUGCAUCAACACCGCUCCUCUCGUCUGUAACGCUGAUUGGUGGUUACCAUGUUUACAGCAGCCACGUCUACAGUAACCGUGCGUACAGUAAUUUCGCUAGCACAGCCUCCGCUGCAGGAAAUUUGCCCCGCUCGUUACAGUCACACACAGCCCCCUCCAUUCCGAACCUGCCGUCUCGGUUCCUCUCUUCUGUCCCUCCCGUCGCUUCCCAAGCCUCUGAAUCUGCUUCGGAUGUGUCUGCCGACCCUGCUGCUUCUGGUUCGGGGCUCCCUGCCAAACCUGCGGCUGCUGGUUCGGGGAUACCUUCCGAGCCUACUUGUGAUGGUUCGGCGGCAGGGAAAGAUGAGGAUGCGACCAGUGUGAAAGUGAGUGAAGCAGAAGCGGAGGUUGCGGAGAUUGUGGGUGGAGGUAACAGCAGCAGCACGAGCAGCACGAUAAACAGCAGCAACCCUAUCAGCAGCACCACCAUCAGCAGCAGCAACAGCAGCAGCGGCAUCAACAGAAGCAACCGUUUUAGCAGCGGCGGGGAGGGCCAAACCGGAGACGGAGGUUCAGGCGUUCAGGCUUGGAAGAAAGGGCCGAGGCAGCGAGGGAGCAGGCAAACGGGCAGCAGAAGAGACUUGCGCAGGGGGCAGCUGUGGGGUGUUAUCAGCCGUGUGCGCAGCAACAAUCCUGUCCUGCCGGCCAUUGAGGCGUGGAGGAUGGCGGGAGGAGUGCUGGACAAGGAGCUGCUGCUGUGGGCCAUUCGUCGCUGCCAGCCAUAUGCUUACCGAGCAAAAGCAGCAGAGCUCUCUCAAUGGCUGAUCACCUCAUCAGGCUUUCCCCUCACCUACCUUGAUUACCAACUCGCCCUUGCCUGUGCUGCGCGGUGCAAUUCGGUGGGGACCGUUCGAGAGAUGUUCCUCUCCUUUCCUGAGGAGUUCCGCAAGGAAAAGGUGUAUGUUGGGGUGCUACACCAUUUUGCCAGGCGCGGACGGACACACAAGCUAGGGGAAGAACUGGAGUGGCUGCAUAAUCAAGGGGUACCUGCGGAAAAUGCCUCAUAUCGGUCGAAGCUUCAAGCAUUGCUAAUCGAGCAGGAGAUUAUGACGAAAGGGGCUGCCUGGAAUGGAGCAGAUGUGACUGUAACGAGCGAGGGAGGAGAGGAGGAGGAGGAGGAGGGAGAGGGAGGGGGAGGGGAGGAAGGGGAGGGCGGCUGGAAUGAUGCGGAUUGGUUUGAGGUAGGGGAGGGGAAGGAAGGUUCAAGGAAGGAGCGGUUGGAGAAAGUGCUGGGGGAUGUGGAUCAGAUGCUGCAAGAAAUGAAGGAGAAGGGAAUGAUGCCUGACGAAGUGGCCUACAACGUCGUUCUAGCCAGCCUGGCCAGGCUCGGGCAGAUCGAAAAAAUGGAGGCCUAUAUUGCACGCAUGCGGGCAGAUGGCGGGCAGCCCAGCGGCGUGACGUACAACAUCCUGAUUGGUGCAUACGCGCUCGCCGGGCAGUUUGAAAAAACGGAUCUGUGUAUCGAAGCGAUGAGGGAAGCAGGAGAGAGGAUGAAUGUGAAGACCUAUUGGUCCCUGAUGGGGCGAUAUGCGAAACGAGGAGUGGUUGAGAGGUUUUCCAAAGUGUGGGAAGAGGUGAAGCAGGCUGGAUUGCCUCUUGACAGGAGCAUGUACCACUCUCGGAUUGAGGUUCACAGCCGAGCGGGAGAUUUGGACAAGGCAGAGCAGGCCUUUAAUGAGAUGUGUGCGCUCAUGCCCCCCACCACAGCAUCAUUCAACGUGCUACUUGCGGCUCUGAGUCAGGCGGGCAGGCCUGACAAGAUCCCCUCUGUGCUGCAGUCGAUGCAGCGGUGGGGUCGACCGAAAGACCCCGGGACAUACGUGCGCCUCAUUACCGCGAAUCUGAAAGCUGGCGACGAGGAGGGUGCCAUGAGGGCCCUGCGGGAAGCAGCAGCCGUGGGAAUGCAGAGGAUGGACCAGAAGCUUCCUUUUUCUUCCUUGAUCCAAGUGCUCAUACCCGCCCGGAACAAGGGCGAUGUGGUUCGAGUGAAGGAGAUAAUCGGCCUGUCUCGUACCCUUUAUAAGAUGACUGAUCCGCGCCUGUUCCGCGACCUCAUUGUGACUGUAGUGAAUCGGUGGGAGAAGGAUAAGGAGUCGAGGGAUGCUGGGAAGGAGGGACAACUGUUGGACAAGGAAGAGGAUCCUUCCUGGAAGCGUCUGGUUUCGGACAUUCACGGGGGACAGAGAGGAGAGCGGGGAGGCCGAGUCACCCACCCCCGCCUCCCCUACUCUCGGGCACCACCCCACCACCACACGCACGGCAGAGACCAUGCGAGGGACGCCACGGGAGGGCGACGAAACGGGGAGGGGCGACGGGGAGCAGGGGCGACGGGGGGGCAGCAGGUCGCGCUGGCGCACAUCGCUGGCGCCUGGCGCUGGCGUACGCGUCGGCGUUGGGCGCUGGCGGCCGCGGUCGGCGCUGGCGUCGGCGCUGGCGGCCGCGUUUGGCGCUGGCGUCGGCGCUGGCAGCCGCGUUCGGCGCUGGCAUCGGCGCUUGCUGCCGCGUUCGGCGCUGGCGUUGGCGCUGGCGGGCGAGUUCGGCGCUGGCGUCGGCGCUGGCGGCCGCGUUCGGCGCUGCGCGAUCCGCAACGCCCGUGA